AUGCCUGAGCCUCUUCCCACUCUCUUCUCGCUGACAGAGAUCCUUGGUCGACGAGGUUCCUGCAUGUCACCCCCUAUGCAGAGUGAUACCUGCAUCACUGCAUCGGGUACGGAGACCUACGCGGCGCUUCGUCCAACAGCAUCGGAUACUAGACAGGCCACGGGUGUGAGAAAUAGGCAAGGCCAACCGCACCCUGGGGUUCCAGAUGUCGGCUCUCGGCUGCUACUUGUGGAUGGGGUUACUACCACCCAACUAUCGCACACCCCUUCGAGAGGUCGUAGAGUAGACCUGAAGCUCCGAAGCCGUACACGACGAGCGAUCAAAUCCUUCUGCAAAACAUCUAAGCUUUCAGUAGCUCCAAAACAACAGGCGCCACGAUGUUGCGGCUCCAAGGCACCCACGGAAGAUUGCCAUGUGGUCAUGCAAGCGACGUUUGAAAGAGGGAGGGGCGAGAAAAAACAACCCGCUCUCCUGACCAUGAAGUUGAACCUCUUCUCCAACCCUACCUCGUUAUAUGCCCCGUCAGCGGCUCGCCAUCUCUUCGGACGAAUGUUAACGGGUGAAACUCUUCAUGUGCGAUUGAUAAUGGGUUAUCGUACCGCGAACCAGGGGACAUGGUUUAUGUGUGAUCCCCGGGGCGUCAGCACCGUCAUGGCCCGUAUCAUGCUGUGGUCGCCGCCUUUAGAUCUCAAGUAUGAACACUUGAUAUUGGCAGCAGGCCUUGGCCUGAGUCUCUUGAAUCCUCGAGUCCGAGAUAUUGCUGAAAAGGCCAAAGCUGACUUUGAAAUUGUGGUCAAGGAACCCUUGCGGCGGCCUUUCUCCCACCCGGACCUCAGCGCCGAGCAUAUGCCGGGUUUUACCGAUUCCAUAGCCCUGAGUAAGAGAACGAUUUUCGAUUCUUUCAAGGCUCCAUUCUUUGAGUUGAGGAAGAGAAAACCAAAUGUCAAUGGCCAAAGAAACGCUUUUCGAAGAUGCGUCAUGCGGGUUGACGCUGUGAUUCGGCCCUCCGUUGGCACGGUUGGCAUUAAGAGCCAGCGUGAGAUCAACGUGAUGUAUGCUAGAGAAUUUCUCCUUGUCGAGAUUGAGGUCACAGGCAUCGCCAGGAAAAUCUCCGUCAAAUAUGCACCGGAAGUUUUCUUUCAACCCCUGUCGCCCAAUCGGAGAAUUGAGGCAUCAAUAUGA